AUGUCAUGUGGUAAAACAAGUGAUAAAUCCGCGGAUUUUAUAAGUAUAAAAAUGAUUAUGAAAAAAAAAAUCGAUCUUCCUUCUAUUCCAUCCUCUUCUGACCGCUUAGGUAAAGGAAAGCCUAGAGGUUUACAAAGUGCACGCAAAUUACGUACACAUCGCCGAGAGGAACGAUGGGCUGAUAAACUAUAUAAGAAGAGGGCAUUAGGUACAGCUUAUAAAUCAUCACCAUUUGGUGGUUCCUCUCACGCUAAGGGCAUUGUACUUGAAAAAAUUGGCGUGGAAGCCAAGCAACCGAAUUCCGCUAUUCGUAAAUGUGUUCGUGUUCAGCUAAUUAAAAAUGGGAAAAAAGUCACUGCUUUCGUUCCGAAUGAUGGUUGCUUAAAUUAUGUAGAAGAAAACGAUGAAGUUCUACUUGCUGGUUUUGGACGUAAAGGGCGUGCUAUUGGUGAUAUUCCCGGUGUCCGUUUCAAAGUAGUCAAAGUCUCCGGCGUGUCUCUCCUUGCCUUGAACCCUUUCGGUAUUGCACCUGAAAAAAUGUUGUGCAAACAAAGACUUUUACUAAUAUUCCUAUCUUGCGUUAUUUGUGGAUUCUUCCUUACUGCGUUCUCUCGAGUCACGUCAGUUUCUGGAGAAGAAUUAUCACAAGGCACAACGACACCUACUCAAUCAGUGUCAGAUACAAAAAGCAGCGAUGGCUUAUUAAAGCUAGAAGGCGACGAAUUAUAUGACCAAGCUUUAUUUCAACUAGGGAACUUAAAGCCUUCGUCAAAAAAGCGGAUUUCAACAAAUAGCGAACUCGAUGACACAGAUCCCAACAUUCUUCUUGUUAUAUAUAAAGUUUUUGCACAAAUUUUGUUCUCCAUAUUCGGAUUACGCUCGCCAUUUGCUGAACAUCUGGAUAUAGGAAAAAAACAUAACACAGAAAUAAAAAACCCAAGACUAAAUAGAGCUAUAGAAUUACUGGAGAAAGCGGCUUUCGAAUUUGGACACGAUGGUGCAUUGUAUACUCUUGGAGAAAUGAAUUUUUUCGCAAAAUAUACUCAUCCACGUAAUUUGACUGCGGCUUUUCAUUAUUAUCGAGAGUUAGCAAGUCGAUCAGGAAAUGCGACCGCACAACAUAUGGUCGGCUUCAUGUACGCGACUGGCAUAGGUGACGUAGUACAGCGCGAUCAAGGAAAGGCAUUAUUAUACCAUACUUUCGCAGCUCUUGGUCAUGAGACUGCAGCUGAAAUGACGCUUGCGUAUCGAUAUUUCACUGGUAUCGGUGUCCCACGAAGCUGUGAGGAUGCUGUGUUUUACUACAAACGUGUAGCGGAUAAAGCUAUUGAAUAUUAUAAAUCUGGUCCACCUGGCGGCCGUCAGCUUCCCCCAACUAAAAUAAAAUUAUAUGAUGAGGAUGGCGGUGUGUACGGAUAUGGGGCCAGUGGGUCAGGUACCGGUUCGUCAACGAAACCUGGAGACCAAGCCGCAUGGGACGAUAUUUUGGAAUAUUAUCAUUAUUCGGCUAAACAAGGUGAUAUUGCAUCUCAGCUAGGUUUAGGUCAACUUUAUUAUCAGGGGACAAAAAAUAUACCUCAAAACUUUAAACUUGCUCUACAAUACCUCAAACAAGUCACAGACCAAUAUUGGCCUCCUGUUACUUCUUUGUCUGAGCCUUUAUCGGCUAAUACAAAACUUGCUCAUGCUGCAGGACAAGCCGCAGGGAUUUUAGGGCAAAUGUAUUGGCGUGGAGAAGGUGUUGUUCAAAAUAAUAAAACGGCUCUUGAAUGGUUUAUAAGGGGUGCGAAAAAGGCUCGUUGUUUUCUCAUUUUUAUCCAAUUAAUGAUAAUUUUCUUCAAGAAUCCUGCGUCUUAUAAUGGUCUUGGUCUGAUGAAUUUGGAAGGUUUGAAACACUACGACAAAGUUUUGAACCAUGAGCGAGCCAUGGAAUACUUUAAAUUCGCGGUUGAAGAACAUCCUGACGCACAAUUAUUUUAUCUUCGUAUACAGAAAACAAUGAUAUUAAAAGAGCCUUCGAAUGUUUUACGACAGCCGCAAUUCUACAAAAAUGUUGCAGAACGAGGCGACUGGCUUCAUUCACCAUUUCCUGAUGCAUAUUCAGCAUACUCUUCUGGUAAUCGUGAGGAUGCGUUAAUUAAUUAUUUAAUAGCGGCGGAGAGGGGAUAUGAAGUCGGACAAGCAAAUGUUGCUUGGUUAUUAGACAAAGAUAAAUCAUGGUGGCAUUUACCACAUUUGGUUCCGAAACCGGAUCCAUCGCGUGAUAGACUGGCACUUCUUUAUUGGACUCGAUCUGCAAAUCAAGGAAAUGUUGAUGCACGAGUAAAGAUGGGUGACUAUUAUUUUAAGGGAUUUGGUACCGAAGUAGAUUAUGAAAAAGCAGCAGCUUGUUAUCAGGUCGCUGCGGAGGCGGAUUUCAGUGCUAUGGCAAUGUGGAAUCUUGGGUGGAUGCAUGAAUAUGGCAUAGGAAUUUCUCAAGACUUUCAUCUUGCAAAAAGAUGGUAUGAUCAGUCUUUAUCGACUAAUCCUGAUGCGUAUCUUCCCGUCACGCUAUCAUUAGUUAGGUUGUAUUCAAGAAGUUUUUGGAAUUAUAUUAUUGGUUCUGAUACAGCUAGAAGUGAGGAAGAAUCAUCUAAAGGACUAUGGUGGAAAGAUCCAUCUUUCAUCGAAGAUGAUGAAACAGGUGGGUCUGUAGAACAGAUUCAGACAAUGACAAAAGAUGAUGAGCAAAAGAAAUCAGACGAUUAUUUAAGUUCUCUUUAUCCGGAUAUUUUUGACGAUGCUGAUGAAAGAGAAGCUUGGUUUGAAAGUUUAACGAUAUUAUUGAUGUGUAUUAUGGUAGGAUGGUUAGUUUAUAUUCGACAAUUACGAUGGAACCAUGCCCAACCGGUUGGUGCUGCACCAGGUUAA